AUGACCUUCUCAAUACAUCGAUUUUUCUUCAUUGUUUACAAUACGAAGCCAUUUUUCAAAAGCAAGAAGUGGGUGAUCAUAUGCAUUACAAGUCAAUGGACGAGCGUCGUACUUCUCUCAUUACCAAUCCUUUUCUAUAAAGUUUCAAUUUGUAGUGAUCCAGCUGCAUCUCGAAUUUAUACUUGUAUCUUGGUGGUAUUAAUACCUUCAUUGGUUACAAUUCUUCUGAAUGCUUUCAUAUUCCAUCACAUUCGAUCUUCAUCGCGUCGAAUUCAACCGCAAGCUAUCGAUACCCUCACAAAUAAUAACGCUAAUCAACAAAUGAAAUUCAGCUCUCGAGAAGUCGCUCUUUUAAAACAAAUGAUCUUCGUCUUCGCUGUUUUUAUUGGAGGUUGGGGUCCAAUCUAUUUCGUUCGAAUUAUCAAUCAAUACGUCGAUGUUCAUACAGUUAUCUAUGCAUGUUCAGUUUUAUUGUGUGAAACGGCUUUACUCAGUGUUGUUGUACAUUUAUUCAUACAUAAUCAUGAUUUAAGACAUUACUUAUCAAACAAAAUACAGCAUGGUUGGAGAGUUGAACAUACUCGAUUAGAACGAGAAGCUUGGGUUCGCUAA